AUGAGGCAGAGCAACGACACCAGUGUGAAGGAAUUUGCUUUUCUGGAACUUACUCAUUUCCACGAGCUGGAGUUUUUCUUGUUUGUGGUCUUCCUUGCUGUGUACGUGACAACCGUGCUGGGCAAUGCCCUCAUUGUGGUGACCAUAACCUGUGAGUCCCGCCUCCACACUCCCAUGUACUUCCUUCUGCGAAAUAAAUCGGUCCUGGACAUUGUCUUUUCGUCGGUCACUGGGCCCAAGUUCCUGGUGGAUCUUCUAUCAGAGAGGAAAACUAUCUCCUACAAUGGCUGCAUGGCACAGAUAUUUUUCUUCCACUUUGUUGGUGGAGCAGAUAUUUUUUUCCUCUCUGUGAUGGCCUAUGACAGAUACCUUGCCAUUGCCAAACCCCUGCAUUAUGUGACCGUUAUGAGAAGAGAGGUGUGGGUGGGCUUGGUGGUGGCUUCCUGGGUAGGCGGUGGUUUGCACUCAGCUGUCCAGAUAAUUCUGAUGCUUCCACUGCCCUUCUGUGGCCCCAACAGCCUAGAUGCCUUCUACUGUGAUGUGCCCCAAGUGGUUAGACUGGCCUGCACGGACACCUUUGCUCUGGAGCUUCUCAUGAUCUCUAACAAUGGGCUGGUGACCCUGCUGUGGUUCCUCCUGCUCCUGGGGUCCUACACCGUCAUUCUGGUGAUGCUCAGGUCUCGCUCUGGGGAGGGGCGGAAAAAGGCCCUCUCUACCUGCACCUCCCACAUCCUGGUGGUGACUCUGCACUUUGCACCUUGCGUUUACAUCUACUGCCGGCCCUUCACAACGCUGCCUAUGGACACCGUGGUGUCCAUCAGUAACACAGUCAUUACCCCCAUGCUAAACCCCAUGAUCUACACCCUGAGGAAUCAGGAGAUGAAGUCGGCCAUGCAAAGACAGCAGAGGAGGCUUGGGCCUUCUGAGAGCAGUAAACUGGGGUGA